GGCUGGUCAUGGACAAAUUCUGUUCCCAUCUCCGGAGUAUUCCACCUGAUUUUUCUCUCUGCCAACACCCAAGCCGGGCACCACCCUCUUACCAGCCACAACUCGCCUCUCCGGCAUUUACUCAAACCAUGCCCCACUGGCUUCAUGGUCUCUUAUCAGAUGGUGCUGCUGCCUGCUGCAAUAUCUACACAGCAAGUGACCACUAUCGACUCACCUCCCUAUGGCUCAACCACAGAUCCCUCCAAGUGAUUCUAAUAGUGCCCACAAAGUUCAUAGCCAGAGCAUUGUACUUCCUGCCGGCAUCAUCUCAAUAGCAGAUGGCUUUGAGAAGAAUGAGCAUUCAUGGUUUGCCACCUCUCAAAUACCAACAGAUCUAUCAAUCCAAGUUCAAGAUAUCACCUUCAAUGUUCACAAGUAUCCAUUGGUAUCAAGAUGUGGCUACCUAGCUGAAGUCGAACUACAGCCUUCAAACUCAAAUUUAGGAUACGAUCUGAAGCUUGAGAAUUUCCCAGGUGGAUCAGAAACAUUUGAGAUUAUUCUCAAAUUCUGUUAUGGUCUCCCUGUAAGCCUAAAUCCUGACAACGUUGCUGCACUGAGAUGUGCAUCAGAGUUUCUACAGAUGACUGAAGUACUCGAAGAUGGAAACCUUAUCUCUAAGACAGAAUCAUUCCUCUCAUUUAUAAUCCUUUCUUCAUGGAGAGACUUGAUUACCGUUCUCAAAUCUUGUGAGACUCUAUCUCCAUGGGCAGAGAAUCUCCAAAUUGUUCGAAGAUGCUGUGACUCAAUUGCUUGGAAAGCUUCCCAAGAAAACCUAAGUAGUGGAGAAGCGAUUAACGAUGAGGGCUGGUGGUUUGAAGAUGCGGUAACACUCCACAUUGAUCAUUUUUCACGGAUUAUAAGAGCUUUAAAGGCCAAAGGAAUGAAACCCGAAACUAUUGGUUCAUGUAUCAUUUGCUACGCGAAAAAAUGGUUGCCAGGCAUGGAUGUACAAUUGGAAGGGCUAAGAAGAUUCAAUUAUAGCAAAAAAGAACUGCAUUUAAAUAUAGUAAGCAGCAGGAGACAGGAAGGGAAUGUCGGAAAUAAUGGGCAAAGAAUGAUCGUAGAGACCUUAGUGAGCCUACUGCCUCCUGAGAGAGAAGCUGUCCCAUGCAAGUUCUUAUUGGGGUUGCUAAAGAUAGCCUUGGUACAUUCUGCAUCACAAGCUUUGAUUUCAGAAAUCGAGAAAAGGAUCGGGAUGGUGUUGGAAAAAGCAGAUGUAGAUGAUCUUCUGGUUCCUAAUUGUAUAAUUGCAGAUCAAGGAAAGACAAUGAACCCCCCGGAUGAAUCCACAAUGCACAACAUAGAUGUGGUGCUAAGGAUUGUAGAAUAUUUCCUGAUGCAUGAACAGCGGCAAGAGAACCAGGAACAGAAGUCCGGAAAGUUGAUUAGCAAACUGUUGGACAGUUAUCUAGCUGAGAUCGCAGGAGACCCAAAUCUCUCCAUCACCAAAUUUCAAGUUCUGACUGAAGUAUUGCCUGACAAUGCUCGAAUGUGCCAUGAUGGUAUCUAUAGAGCCAUCGAUACCUACCUCAAGUCUCAUCCUUCUUUAUCAGAGCACGAGCGCAGAAGACUAUGCAAAAUAAUGGACUGCCGGAAGCUGUCACUUGAUGCAUGCAUGCAUGCUGCGCAGAAUGAUCGGUUGCCUUUGAGAACCAUAAUACAGGUGUUGUUCUCGGAGCAAGUAAAGAUGAGGGCAGCAGUGCAAGGAAAGGAGCAACCAACAAUCUGCGGCAAUUCAGAUCAGGAAGAAAGCUUGUCCACAAAGGAGAUCAGGAUCCUCAAAGCAGAGCUUGAGAAGGUGAAAGAGGAAAUGCAAGAGCUGAAGAGAGACUACACUGAGUUGCAAAGAGAAUAUAUAAGGCUAAACAAGCAGCCAAGCAAUCCAUCAGGCUGGCCCUUUGGCUGGAGGAAGAUCCGAUCCUCUGGUUUUUUCGGUAGAAAAGUGGACGGGACUGAUGCUAGAGAGGGACAGCACAAAUCCAACUCCAUGGACCACAGAGUGAACCUCCGUGAAAGGAUGUCUGUGUCUUAACAACUCUGAAAGCAAGCAAUCCAAGCUAGAGCAUAGGAUCUUUGUCCCCAUAUUAGUUGGUUUUAGGCAUAAGAUAUGAGGCAAAAUAGAUACUGGUUAUCUCAGUCUAUUAUUAUCAAUUAAAAGGUCAUAACCAGUUCACAUGAGUCCUCCUGUAAUGAAAAUCAAAUUCAUAGAAAAAAUCCAAUAAUUGAUUCUGUCUA